AUGCGUGGGUGGAUGAAUGAAUUAUCUCCACCUUUGAUAAGGAAACCGCGUGAAAAAAGAAAAGGCGAAAAGAAAGGACUUACAACAAAAAGCCAAUACGCGCUGAUGGAAAGUGAGAAGGAGUGGUGGAGUGUCGAUGUUCUACUUGGCAGUUCGAGUGCAAAACGGUCUUUAAAUAUGAAAAUUCGUAUGAUUAUUGGUAAUGAAAAAGUUGAAAUGAAUUUAAGUAAAUUCGCUUUAUUGAGAUAUGAAUUAUCACGGGCACUUCAGAAGAUUGAAGCUUUAUCGCCAUCAUAA